AUGAAUAACUACGUUGUUAAGAAUAACGAUGUGUCGUUGAAAGUAGAGAUCACCAACAUCAGGUGGAAAGGGAUUCAUAAAUUCCAAGUGAAAAACUUCGAUAGUACAGAUGCAGACGAAGAUUUGGUUUUGAAUGUCGAUGGUGAGAAGCUUCACUGCCACAGUCAGAUUCUAUCUCAAAACUCGACGAUUUUCAGAGAUAUGAUCAAAGGAAGCCAAGGGUCUUGUGAAAUCUCUUUGAAGGAUUCAAUUCCAGUCGAGGAUCUUCGAGAACUUCUUCAUUACCUCUACCUACCUUGUGAGCCAGUAGAUGAUCAUAACUUGCGACAGUUGCUUCAUUGGGGACGGAAAUAUACAGCCCUGGAAAUACCAAUAGAAAUCUUCCUUCUGUUUUGGAGAUACAUUAGACACUCGAAGAAUUAUUGGGUCAGGGAAACAAUCCAACGAAGACAAAACACAUCCCCUCCUGAAUUGAGAAAUGACACAGUUCUCCUGUAG